CAUCUCGAACGCGAAGAACUUCCGCGCUCCGGAAGCUUCCAAACCUUUCCAAGUCGCCCACCUCGUGGCAUUAUAUCGUCUCUCGUCGCUCGCUCAAACCAAUCUUCCAGAAGGGACUCUUCAACGACAGGCCCUGACUUCGCAAUCAUUCGACUCCGAGGAUGGUUUCAGAGGGAGUGAAAAUGAGCAACCGAUUGAGCCGCACUAUCUACGUUGGCAAUCUUCCUGGGGACAUUCGCAAAAGAGAAAUUGAAGAUUUGUUCUACAAGUAUGGCCCUGUUGUUGACAUUGAGUUGAAGAUCCCUGCAAGACCACCCGGUUAUGCGUUUGUUGAGUUUGAAGAUCGCCGUGAUGCUGAAGAUGCAAUUUAUGGUCGUGAUGGAUAUGAAUUUGAUGGCUACCGGUUGCGAGUUGAACUUGCUCAUGGGGGACAAAGGUCACCUGUUGACCGAUACCGGGGUUACAGUGGCAGCAGCAGCAGCAGCAGCCGUUCAAGGCGUUCUGACUAUCGUGUAUUGGUCACUGGCUUACCUUCCUCGGCUUCAUGGCAAGAUCUGAAGGAUCAUAUGCGUCGAGCUGGAGAUGUCUGUUUUUCUGAGGUGUAUCCUGAUCGGCGUGGUGUGAUAGGAAUUGUCGAUUAUAGUAACUACGAUGACAUGAAAUAUGCGAUCAGAAAACUUGAUGAUUCUCUAUUCAGGAAUGCCUUCAGUCGAGCUUAUAUACGGGUCAAAGAAUACGAUUCACAUCGAAAUGACUCGAGAAGUCCCAGUCGAAGUCCCAAUUAUUCAAGGAGCCGCAGCCCAAGCUACAGCUACAGGAGUAGAAGCAAGUCUCCAAGGUCCAAGCCCUCGCGACAGUCUCCGUCUGUUUCUCCAGCAAGGUCUGUUUCUCCGCGGUCACCUUCGAGGUCCAGAUCAAGAUCAAGAUCUCCAAUAUCACCUGAACGAGGGACCCAGGGGACACAGUCUGAGCAAAAGCCCAAGGAGUAUAUCUCGAUCCCGCUCACCCUCAGUCUGAUUGAACUGGUCAUUCCCAUAACAUCUUAACAUGCUCUUAGAAGGGGAGGAAGACUUGAUCUAGUAGUCUGAGGAACUAAAACUAGAUAAGAGUAUUUGAAUUGCCAUCCAAGUGCAAUCAUGUUGAUCCGCCAGCAGUUUGGUAUUUUUAACCCUGGCUGGAUUGAGCGUAGUUAGUUGUAGUGUCUCUUUCUCUUAAAACCAUAUCCCUUGGAUUUUUCCUGGAGCCAACGUCUGCUGCUGCUGCUGCUGCUGAUCUUUGUGUCUAAUUGGCUGUGACAUGAAUUGAUGGGAAUGUGGCUAGUCCCACUGAACCCACAUGCUUGAAAUCCUGGCUUUUCUUCAGUUACGUUAUGACCACCGGAGAUGGGACCGGUAACUGGUUGUCUCUAGCAGGACCGACCAAAAGCCAUUGCGUGUAAGUGGCAGUUACUAGCAUGGUUUGGUAUAAACUUAGGAUAUGAAUUUUGUUGUCUUGCUGGUGGAGUUAAAAAGGGAAUGCUAAUUC